CGACUCCAACGUCAAAGUGGCUGUUCGUGUUCGGCCCAUGAACAGGAGAGAAAAAGAAUUAAACACCAAGUGUGUGGUGGAGAUGGUGAAGAACCAGACCGUCCUCCAUCCAGCGGGGGCCAACCUGGGCAAGGGCGACUCCAGGAACCAGUCCAAGGUAACGCAGACUUUGACUCUUGUCAGCGCUGAGCUAAUUGUGUGCUCGUGACUCAUCUGCACCUUCCACAAAGACGCUGCUGUCUUUCCCUCUGACUCCCUUUGGAAACAGCAACAGCGGAAACGUCCUGGCACUCCCUUUUAUGCCUUUUGCUCACUUUCACUUAAAAAAAAAAGACAGGAUAUAGUCACAGGAUAAGAAAGUUUAAAAAAAAGCUGUUUUAAAAAAUUCUAAAUAAGCACAUAGGAGUAAAACGACUGACAGAAAAUAGCUUGAAAAAAAAUAGAAAAAUUAAAUGUUUAAAAAAAUAUAUGAAAUAAGCAAAGAGGACUAAAAAAAAACCAGCUGACAGAUAAUAGCUUGAAAAAACAUAGAAAAUAAAAAAAUGUUUAAACUAAAAAGCAAAUAGGAGAAAGAAAGACAGAAUAUAGCUUGGAAAAAAGUAUAAAAUAAAAGAUGUUUCAAAACAAAAUAAAUAUGACUAAAGUUAAAAAAAAAACAAAAACAGAAUAACUAAAGGAAAGAAAAGUACAAAUUAAAACAAUAAAAAUAAAAUAAACAUAAAAACAAAGAGACCAUAGCUUGAAAAAACAAUGGAAAAUAAAUGAUGAUUUUAAAAAAAAUCACAAAAUAAGCACAUAAGUGUAAAAAAGACAGAAUAUAUAUAUAUUUUUUUUUUAAAAAGGAAAAAGUAGAAAAAAGAUAUUUAAAAAAAAUAAGCAAAUAGCAAAAAACUGACAAGCUUGGAAUAAACAGUGGAAAAUAAUGUGCCUUUUAAAAAUGACAAAAUAAGCACAAAAGUGUAAAAAAAAAAAUAAUAAUAUAAAAAAGGAAAGAAAAAGUAGAAAAAAUAUGUUUAAAACAUAUACAACAUUAGCAAAUGGGAUUAAAAACAAAAUCUGACAGAAUUUCAAAAUAAGAGUUUAAAAAAACAAUUGCUUGUGCAGUGAUGAAGAAAAAAGGAGAAAAAAGCUGUUUAAAAAUAUAUGAAUAUUUGAAUAAUAACAUUAAAUAAUAUAAGACUAAAUAGAAAUCAUAGUGAAUAAAUAAGUAUAAUAAAUAAAAUAAGUAAAGAAAUGAAAAGAUGAAUGUAAGAAUAAAUACUGGCGGAAAAAAACCCCAAAAAACUACGAUUUGUAAAUAAAUGUUGCAUAUAAGACAUGUAAAAAAAAAAAUAAAAAUUGAUGAAUAUUGUGUAAAAGUUCAUUUUCUUCCAUCAUAUCAUUCACAUUUUCAAACCUUCAUAUAUUGUAGGUUCAUUGUGCAUGCAGGGAACUAUUCAGUACUUUUUUUUUUUUGUCUUAAUUUAGAUUUUUAUGGCAUACAGCUCAAGAAAACCCCAAAAUCCAUGUGUCAUAAUUUUAGAAUAUUCUGCCAGUCUGUCUCAAAGUACUCAGUUUGCGAAUAAAAAAAAUCAGCUAAUCCACUCAAAACACCUGUUAAGUUUCCCUGAACCUAUAAAAACUUGUCAGCCUGGUUCAGAUCACAAAACCAUAACCACGGGGAAGGCUUCUGACCUGACUGAUAAGCAGGGCCGCUAUUAGAUUAGACCGCUAUUGACAUCUUCCAUCAGAAAGAGUGACCUGGCACCUGCCCACAGUCUCAAAUCACUAGUAACUGGUUUACUGACAAAGGUAUUACUGUGCUGGACUGGCCUGCAAAUUCACCUGACCUGAACCCCAUAGAGAAUCCGUGGGGUGUUGUAAAGAGGAAGAUGAGGAACAUCAGACCCAACAACAGAGAUGAGCUGAAGGCCGCCAUCUAAGCAUCCUGUGCCUCCAUAGCGCCUCAACAGUUCCACAGGCUGAUUGCCUCCGUGCCAGACCCAAUUAAAGCAGUGGUUCGUGCAAAAGGAGCCGCAAUCAAGUAUUGAAUACAGUGUUUGCCUACGAUUACUGCUUCUGGUCCAUGGACGAGUCAGACAAAGAAAAGUUUGCUGGUCAGGAGGUGGUGUUUCAGUGCCUUGGGGAAAGUCUUCUUCAUAAUGCCUUCCUGGGCUACAAUGCCUGUAUCUUUGCCUACGGACAAACUGGUUCCGGAAAGUCCUACACCAUGAUGGGUUCCGGGGACCAGCCGGGCCUCAUUCCCCGGCUUUGCAGCGCUUUGUUUGACAGAACCCAGACGGAACAGCGGGAGCAGGAGAAGUUCACCGUGGAGGUCUCCUACAUGGAGAUCUACAACGAAAAGGUCCGGGAUUUGCUGGAUCCAAAAGGGGGUAGACAAACGCUGAGGGUGAGAGAGCACAAAGUGUUGGGUCCUUACGUGGAUGGCCUGUCUCGGCUAGCUGUGGCGAGCUACAAGGACAUUGAGUCUCUGAUGUCGGAGGGGAAUAAAUCUCGUACAGUGGCCGCCACCAACAUGAACGAGGAGAGCAGUCGAUCGCACGCCGUCUUCAACAUCAUCCUGACGCACACUCUUACAGACGUACAGUCUGGGACGAGCGGUGAGAAAGUGAGUCGGUUGAGUUUGGUGGACUUGGCCGGAAGUGAACGAGCGGCAAAAACUGGAGCAGCGGGGGAGCGCCUCAAGGAGGGAAGCAACAUCAACAAGUCUCUGACUACACUCGGCCUGGUGAUCUCCGCUCUGGCAGAACAAGGAACAGCCAAGAACAAGACCAAGUUUGUUCCAUACAGGGACUCUGUGCUGACAUGGCUGCUGAAGGACUGUCUCGGUGGGAACAGUCGCACGGCGAUGGUGGCAACCGUCAGCCCGGCGGCGGACAAUUACGAGGAGACGCUCUCCACGCUGCGCUACGCCGACCGAGCGAAGAGCAUCGUCAAUCACGCCGUCGUCAACGAGGACCCCAACGCUCGCAUUAUCAGGGAGCUCCGAGAGGAGGUGGAGAAACUGCGAGUACAGCUAACUCAAGCUGAGUCGCUGAAAGCUCCGGAGCUGAAGGAGCGUCUGGAGGAGUCUGAGAAGCUGAUUCAAGAGAUGACCAUCACGUGGGAGGAUAAGCUUCGUAAGACGGAGGAGGUUGCACAGGAGCGUCAGAAGCAGCUGGAGAGUCUGGGGAUUUCCCUGCAGUCUUCAGGAAUUAAAGUGGGCGACGAUAAGAGCUUUCUGGUCAACCUUAAUGCCGAUCCGGCACUCAACGAGCUGCUGGUGUACUACCUGAAGGAGGACCACACUCAGGUGGGUUCUGCAGACUCCCAGGACAUCCAGCUGUGCGGGAUGGGCAUCCAGGCCGAACACUGCGUCAUCGACAUCACGGGCGACACCGCCGUCAUCCUCACCCCCUACCCCAACGCUCGGACGUGUGUAAACGGGUCCCCAGUGACCACUGCGCUGCAGCUUCACCAUGGCGACCGCAUCCUGUGGGGCAACAACCACUUCUUCAGGAUAAACCUGCCAAAGCGCCGCACUCGGGCGGCUGAGGAGGAGGAGGGCGACGGCGGGGUGAUGAAGAAGAGCGGGAGCAGCGAGCAGCUGGACGGCGACGGCGACACAGCCAGCGAGGUGUCCAGCGAAGUCAGCUUCUCCUACGAGUUCGCCCAGACCGAAGUCAUGAUGAAGGCUCUCGGCAACAAUGACCCCAUGCAGAGCGUCCUGCAGUCUCUAGAGAGGCAGCACGAGGAGGAGAAGCGCUCGGCUCUGGAGCGGCAGAGACAGAUGUAUGAGCAGGAGCUCCAGCAGCUCCGUCGCAAGCUCAACCCGGACCGCCUGUCCUCGGGCCCCUCCGGAGCGCCCGUGUACGGCCAAUCUAGCGGCGGACAGCAGUCGCAUUAUCGCAGCAUGGAGAGGCUCAGCGUGGGAGGCAUGAGCCAUUCCAACAGUGCACAGAGCAGGCUGAGACAAUGGAGUGAGGACAGGGAGGCGGUGCUGCUGAGGAGUUUACGGCGCUUGCGGGAGCAAAUCGUGCGAGCCAACCUCCUGGUGCAAGAAGCCUGCUUCAUCGCCGACGAGCUGGAGCGCCACACCGAGUACAAAGUCACCCUCCAGAUCCCCUCAGACAACCUCAACGCCAACCGCAAGAGGGAUGCCGUGCUCAGUGAACCGGCCAUUCAGGUACGACGGCGGUGCCGUGGGAAGCAAAUCUGGAGUUUGGAGAAGAUGGAGAACCGCCUGGUGGACAUGAGGGAGCUGUACCAGGAGUGGCAGGACUACCAGCACCACGACAACGACAACCCAAUGAUGCGCUCGUAUUUCCGCCGGGCCGACCCCUUCUUUGACGAGCAGGAGAACCACAGUCUGAUUGGCGUCGCCAACGUUUUCCUGUCCUGCCUUUUCUAUGACGUCAAGCUCCAGUAUGCUGUUCCUAUCAUCAACCAGAAGGGGGAGGUGGCCGGGCGUCUCCACGUGGAGGUGGUGAGGGUCGGAGGGGCUUUAGAGGACAACAUUGCCGGAGGGGACGAUCCUGACAACAACCUGGACUCUGAAAUCCAGGACCGCAAACUCGUCUGUAUGAUUAAGAUCCUGCAAGCCACAGGUCUCCCCCAGUACCUGUCCAACUUUGUCUUCUGCCAGUACGCCUUCUGGGACCAGCCUGAGCCCAUCAUUGUUGGUCCUGAGGUGGACCCCUCAUCAUCGUCGCCCAGCACCAAGGACCCGCACUGCAUGGUGGUGUUUGACAGCUGCAAGGAACUGGCUGUGUCCGUGUCCGAGGAUUUCAUCGAGUACCUGACUGAAGGAGCGGUGGCCAUCGAGGUGUACGGACACAGGCAGGCUGACGCAGGCAGGAACCCGGCCUUGUGGGACCUCAGCAUCAUCCAGGCCAAGACACGCACACUGAGAGACAGGUGGAGCGAGGUAACGCGGCGUCUCGAACUCUGGAUCCAGAUCCUCGAGAUUAACGAGAACGGAGACUUUGUCCCGGUGGAAGUCAUUCCUGGCAGAGACGUCAGCACCGGAGGAAUCUUUCAGCUUCGCCAAGGCCAGGCCAGGAGGAUCCAGGUGGAUGUGCGCUCCGUUCAGGACUCGGGCACCAUGCCUCUGAUAGCAGAGAUUGUGCUGGCGGUGUCGGUGGGCUGCGUGGAGAUCACACCCACCAUAAAUGGCCAGGAGGGAGACGAGAUGGACAGUUACCAGGAGAGAGACCUGGAGCGUUUGCGACGUCAGUGGUUGGCGGCUCUCACCAAGAGGCAGGAAUAUUUGGACCAGCACCUGCAGAGCCUCGUCAGCAAAGCAGAAAAAACGGAGGAUGACAUGGAGAGGGAGGCCCAGCUGCUGGAGUGGCGCCUGACGCUGACUGAAGAACGCAAUGCGGUCAUGGUGCCCUCUGCUGGUAGCGGUAUUCCCGGCGCGCCCGCUGAAUGGGUUCCUCUCCCGGGCAUGGAGACUCACAUACCGGUUCUCUUCCUGAACCUCAAACCCGAUGACCUCAGCUCUCAGGACCACUUUGAAGUUCCCGAUGCAGGUGGCUGGGACGCCACGCUGAGCGGAGAAGAUGAGGACGACUUCUUCGACCUGCAGAUCGUCAAACACUACGACGGCGAGGUGAAGGCGGAGGCGUCAUGGGACUCCACCGUUCACGAGUGCCCCCAGCUGAGCCGAGGAGGAGCUUGGCCGGACAACCACGUGUACCUCACCAUCCGGGCGGUGGUGCAGCUCAGCCACCCUGCCGACAUGCAGCUGGUCCUGAGGAAGAGGAUCUGUGUGAACGUCAACCCCGGGCGCCAGGGCUUUGCGCACAACUUCCUCAGAAGGAUGUCCGCCCGCAGCACCAUUCCCGGCUGCGGGGUCACCUUCGAGGUGGUGUCCAACAUCCCUGGGGAUGCCCCCGGUUCCGAGGAUAGGGAGAUGCUGGCCCGCCUUGCCGCCAGCGCUCACAGCAGCCAGUCAGCAGACGACGAGGCCGCCAUUGAGAAGUACCUCCGCAGUGUGCUCAGUCUGGAGAACAUCCUCACUCUGGACCGACUCAGACAGGAGGUGGCCGUGAAGGAACAACUCGCUGCUAGAGGCCGGAGUAACAGACGAAGUAUCAGUUCCCCGUCUGUCAACAGGUUGUCUGGAAGUAGACAAGACUUGUCCACAACCUGCCUGCUGGAGGACAAGGGUCGAUGGGAGAGCCAACAGGAUAUCUUCAUGCCCUCUCAGUUUCACCGCACCCUCCCUCGUCCCGCCUCCUCGCCCUCCACCUACUGCCCUGGCCCUCCCUCGUCCACCCUGCCCUCUGCCGUCACCCCCCCAUGCAACCAGGAACCAGAGCAAGGUCGUUCAGGACUUGCUGCCUCUUAUCUUUCAGUGAAGGCGUUGGUUCCUCAGAUGCCCAAACUCCUCAAGUCUCUGUUCCCGGCGCGAGACGACAAGAAGGAGCUGAGGCCGUCGCCGCACGGCCAGCAGCACGUGCCUCGCAUCAUGUCGCCACCAGGGGGCGACGAUAGCAGAGUCAAAGCGGACAUGGCCGCCCUCCUGCGAGCCCCGCCCAGAGACAGGCGCUCUGAUCUCCAGGACGUCCCAUCUCUUCCCGUGCAUGACCCGCAUGACAGCGCACCCCUCAGCCCGCUCAGCCAGUCGUCCAGCGGCUACUUCUCCGCUAGCGUCUCCACGGCGACCCUGUCCGACGUCCUGCAGCCCUCGUCCUCCUCUUCCUCCCUGCUCGCCGCGGACGCCGCGUGUCCCGCCCGCCCCCCGCCCGCACCUACCCAUCACAGUCGCGUGACCGCAGACCACUUCCUCUCCGAACAGAAGCCGCUCAGCUCGGGCGGAGGAGGAGGGCUCGUGGACGAGGAGGAGCGUUGUCGUGAUGACACGGCGCCCGACUGGCUGACGGAGGGCGUCCACGUCUCCAUCGGGAGCAGCAAGGCAGGGACGGUGCGCUACGUGGGAGUGACGCAGUUUGCGGAAGGCGUGUGGGUGGGAGUGGAGCUGGACUCCCCAGCGGGUAGGUCCACCAAUCAGAAACAAAGCGCCCCGGAUCGGAAGCCACCAUCUUUGUCUUUGUGCUCCUUCAAGGUAAACACGACGGCUCGGUGGGAGGACAUCGCUACUUUCAGUGUCGACCCGGACAUGGCGUGCUGGUUCGCCCGGACCGCCUGUCCUGCCGAGAUCGGAAUGGCCGGCGGACGCAGGACAACGCCGCUCCGGGCAACGCCCCCGUCCUGAGAGGAGAGAACCGCAAAUCCUGGAGCAGCUGAGCCUCGGAAUUCUUUUUUUUUUCUUUUUUUUUUUUUCUUAAACCAAACUGAAGACAUCUGACUCGUCCUCGUCUUCCUCCAUCACGAUUCCAAGCUGAUUCGCUGCCGCGCUGGAGACGCCAUCUUUGGUGGAAGGCACCGUGAAGACAGGAAGCAGUCGGUCGGAGGAAGUUUUAGCCUCCGAGCGGCGUCCCGCCCCCGAUGCGCAUGGUUGCAAACAUGUCGAGCUUUUACCCAGAAUGCUUUGCGGCAGCCUCCCUCCACCUUCUGGCUUCUCCCACCACGUGCCUUCACCACCAACCCGCCGCUCGUCUUCGUACUGCCGUGGGGUUCGGCGUGAGAGGAGCGCUUCGUGCCGCACGUGAGGUGAUCUCAGGGACUGUGAGGGGGCGCAUGCGUGUUUGCGUGGUGAUGUACGCCGUCACUUUGUGUGCAAUAAGUGGGAUGGUGGCACGUGACGUCUGUGUGCCAACUGGAUGUCGUGUUGGUUGAUACAGUACGUGCGCGUUAGUUUUAAAGGAAAUGAUAUGUCUUAUUUUGAAAGAGGGAAGAGCUUCCUGGAUGGUCUUGUUGUAGGAAUGAAGUCAACAACAAAAAAACUUCUUGGUGAACAUUCCACAGACUUCACCUUAGGAUUUAUUUAUGGACGUCACUUCAUCAGGUCUACUUCCUGGAGUUGAAUAGGCUGCGCCCACUGCACAGGAAGUUGCACGAUGGGAGGCGUAGGCUGCCGUGUUUGCAUCACGACACGAAGCGAAGGUCGGGAUCGUCGGGCUUUCACGUGUGACUUACAGUAAGUUUUUAUCCUGAUGACUCGUCACUGAGGCGGGUCAGUAAACACACACGCACACACAGAAAUAUGUGGAUUAGUAUCAUCAGUCACAUGCAGUUGGGAGGACUGUUAGGACCAGGCUGACCAGAAAAAAGUACAGUCGGAAAUGACGGGGUGACAAUCGGAAAAGUGUGAAUUGGACUUGAAAGAAAGUUACAAUAUUUGACAACAAACUCGGGGGGGGGGGGGUAUUUGAUGACAAAAAAAAGUCAAUUUUAUGACAGUAGUUGUAAUACAACAAAAGAGAAGUGGUGUGUUUGCCACUGGUUGUAGCGUCUCGACAAAAAAGUUGCAGUUUGACGAGAAUUGUCACAAAGCCGCCAUCACUUGAACCAUGCGAGAAACGUGGGAAUAUUCCACCUUUUCACCUCAUCAGCAUCAAAUCACGUCUUAUAGGCACAGUUGGGAUGCUUUGCCAUGAAGUUGUAUGACUUCCCCAUCAGCAGUGUAGUACAUCAACAGUCCCUUACCCCCCCACUUCAUCCUGUGAGCCCACCAACACAGCGGAAGUACGUUCCUCAUCAUUGAAACGCGACCAGAACUGUGCUCAUUGGAUGAAGUGGGGGGGUACGUCACUGUUGAUGGGGCAGUCAUACAACGUCAUGGCAACAUCCCAACUGUGCCUUUCAGAAUUUUUCAAUGCGACUUUUUUUCUUGUCUUAUGACUUGUUUUGAAAAAUGUAAUUUUAUUUUGAAAUAGCUUUUUUCUUGAAAAAAAAUCAAUCUUGUGACUUCUGCAGUCACAAUUUUUCAUUUUGAUUUUGAUGUAACCUUACAAGUUUUUUCUCACAUCAUUGCCUUUCCCCCACCAAAGGGACAUAACAUGUAACAUUCCGAUGUUUGUUUUAACAGUUGUUACAUUUGUUUUUCUUGUAACAUUACAACUUUUUUCUUAAAAAGUCAUGCAUGACGUUUUUUCCUCAUUACAUUUUUCUUGACAACAAAUAUAACUUUUUAGAAACUUCUGACGUAAGUGUAGUAACGUUCAUAUUGCGAUAUUUUUCUGAAAAAAUACGACUUUCGUGUCGGAGCGUUGCAACUUUUUCUUUAGAACAUUGCGACUUUUUUUCCCUCCACAAAAAUGACUUUGUGCAUCAUUACAACUUUUUACUUAAAAAGUCGUGACACGAUGAUUUUGUUAUCAUUAUGCAUUUUUUUAUGAAAAACGCCUUCAGUCUAAAACAAACGUGUGCGACUUCUCAGAAGUACACAUUUUUUCUUGAAAAUAAUGACUUUAGUUUUGUGACAUUGUGACUGUUUUUCAUACCAUGAGGAUGUUUCCCCUCAGCAAAUGCAACUUUAUUGAUGUCAAUUUAUGACUUUUUUUGUUGUUGAGAAAAUGAUUUAAGUGUCGUAACAAUUACGACUUUUUCCUCUAAGAACAGAACUUUAUUGACAUAACCUUACCACUGACUUACCUUACCACUAUUCUACAUCACAACUUUGUUCCUCCACAAAACAUGACUUUUAAUGUUGUAACAUUUCAACUUUUUUCUCAUAGAGAUGUGAUUUUUUUUUAUGGUUUUCUCAUCAAAUUUUUCUUGACAAAUGACUACAAUGUACGAAAAAGGUUUACGACAUUUUUCCUCAAACUUUUUUCUUGAACAUAAUGAGUAGUUUUGUGACAUUGCGUCUUUUUUCAUACAAUUAUGACUUUUUCCGUCAACAGAGAACUUUAGUGACGUAGCCUUAUGUUGAAAUUAUGACUUUAGUCUCGUAAAUCACAGCCUUUUUUUGUCAAAUUACGUUUUCCUAGAGAAAUAUGUCUACUGUCGUAACGUUACGUCAACAUUUUCCUUGUAAAAUAUGACUUGUGUUGUAACGUUAUUACCACAUUUUUUCCUAAAAUAUGACAAAAACGUCAUGUUGCAACGUUUUUGUCAUAUGACAUUUUUUAAAGAAAAAUAUGACUAGUGUCUUAACGUUAAUACAUUUUUCUUGUAAAAAUAUGACUUUAGUGUCAUAAUGUUACAACUUUUUUGUCAUAUUCCAACAUUUUUUAAGAAAAAUAUGAUUUUGGUGUCGUAACGUUAUGACAUUUUUCUCGUAAAAUAUGACUUUAUAGUGUCGUAACUUUUGUGUCAUUCCGUCAUUUUUCUCAUAAUUUGCAUGUUACAAGUUUUCUGUCAUAUUCCGACAUUUCAAGGAAAAAUGACUUGCGUGUGGUAACAUUAUUUCUCGUAAAGUAUGUCUUUGUCGUAAUGUUAGAACUCUUUUCAUAUUACAACAUUUUUCUAGUAAAAAAAAAAUGACUUCAGUGUCGUUUUUCGGUCUUAUUCUGACUUUGUUCCUGCAAAAAACAGGACUUUACAUAACGAUUUCAUCCUUGCGUAUCGUAGCGUUGCAUAACAAAUUUUGGGGGAUGGGGGGGUUGUUGGUGGAGUGGCCCUAACAGUCCUUAAAAAAAAAAAAAAAAAAAGAGCCUUGAGUAGCGCUGUCAUGUGACUGCACACAGUCCCCGCCGUACGCGGACAUUAGCAGGUAUUUCAUCCAGAAAUAAUCCACGUGCUUCGUACAAGCAACACGUUUGGUGAAGUCUUGUUUUUAUUGUUGUCUUGUUUUAUUUUGGGAAAAAAAAAACAAAUUGCACAUGUGAUUCCAUGAAUAAUUGCUGCUAUUAGCACUGUACAGUCGCGCUCGUCUACACGAAAAAUUACCAUAGUUUGUCCUUUUUAACGCCCGAGGAGGAAGAUGAUGAUAAUGUUGGACAAGGCACUUUGUCAUGUGAGGGAAAAUAGAAGGUUGAAUAUCAUUGGUCCACUGAUUGAUUGAUGAUUAGCAAGAUGGUUGGUUAGUGCAGGUGCCUGACGGCGUGUUGUUACGUUGGAAAGGAUUUUAGGACGUUUGUGGCAUAAAGAAAAGGAGUGUGUGUGUGUGUGUGUGCGUGCGAGAGAUAUUUUACUUCAAGUUGGAAUGCGAACGCCUCAUGAAACUUUUUCAAAAGAGAAAGAAGUCAUCAGUUCUUACUGCAACGAGAGGUCGCCCCCUGCUGGCUACUCGUAGUGCCGCGGGUGGUUUUGGAACGCCCACUGGCUGCACUCGUCCGGAUGUUUUUUAUUUUGUUCCUCUCAUAUCAAUGUUUCCACUUCAUUUGCACAAAAAAGUGAGCGCUUCGCUUUUAAAGUCGUACAAAAUCAUUUUUUUUUAUUUCUGAUGCUGUUGAUGAUGGCUUUGUGGCCGAGAUGACUCGGCAAUGUUCUUUGCCACAGGUUCCUUUUCUUUGAGGUGAUUACACCGGUUUGGAAAGCGUUCGUCCCCGCAGGCCUCCGCCAAGGCCCAGCAGACACUUUGUCUGCAUGAAUGAUGUCAGUAACUUUCACGUAGAUGUCCAAAUAAGUAUGCUUAACAUCUGCCUUGGGGGAGGUCUGUUUUGAGGGCAACUACAUGUACGCCUGUUUGUAUUUAUUUCCUUUAAUUAUUCAUCACUUUUAUGGUUUCUUGUCUGUUCGCCACCGUGGCGCCCUCGGGCGGCCGCCGUCAAGAAGGCAGGUUGACAGCAUUUUUGAAAGCGUGCAUGUAGUUUGAGAGUUUGACUGCUUUUACUACCUCUUUUCUUCUUCUCCUCCCUUGAGGCCUUUUUAUUUCCAGCUACCAAGUUACUUAUUGUGUUCUCAACAAGCGCAAUUAAGCAAUACAAUCCUAACUACUAGCACUAAUUACUUGUUGCUAACGUUUAUUUCAUGUUCAUUUUUGGUGGCAAACAUACCUAUCAUAUCUGUGUGUGUGUGUGUGUGUGUGUGUGUGUGUGCGUGCACGUGGAUGCGUCGAAGAAUCUUGAGCACAGAGUUUUUAGAUCAUAAUUUAAUUGUUUUAUGUCACUAUGCUGCAAUCCAAAGAGAAAGUGUGUAUUAUAUACAAUUCAACAUUUAUCUUUUUUUUUGUAUCAUCCAAACAAUAAUCUGGUAAGAAAAAAAUAAAUAAAAAAGAGUGACAGUA